GAAGCAAUCUUGGUACCAGUGCGGCCUGUACUCGACGAGUUGCCAGUGGAAUACGACAUCCUCAAAAAUGAUGCAUCUGGAUCGAUGCUCUGACUCUCGUCCUCAGUUUCCGUUCUUCGCGGAUGUGGGGGUUUCGGUGACACUUCCCUCGGUCCGCUAGGCUUCAAGCUCAAUCGGAGAGGUGGAGGUAUCCUCGGUAUUGUCGAAGGUAUUCUAGGAAUGGAUGGUCUCCUAGUAGAUGAAGCCGAUGCUUGUCUGUUCCGCCCAGUGUCACCAGUAGACUUCGUCGACGAACCUGGCGUGAAUGACCAUCGUGACAGACGACUGGAUGAACGCGGGAGAACCGUGGAUGAACGCGUCGAACGUGGGUCCCCGUACGGUGUCAUUGGGGUUGGAGGCAUAUCGAAAUCGUCUGCGACGAUCGUGGCUGGUGUCGGUGAAUCAGGCCGUGAACCAGCAGUUCCUCCGAGGACGCUUCGGCCCUGGAUAUUCGCUUCGACGAUGGAAGCAGUCGGCGACUAUCUGUUUGGGAAUGGACAGAAGCGAAGUCUACGGUGGACAUUUCUUGUGAAGGUCCUCGAGAAUGUUGCGGCGCACGACGAUAUGGUUUUAUUCGGAAGAGCUCGAAUUUCUCCAAGUAGUGUUUGCGUUGACUUCGCCAACACCGCCACAGAACAAAUACGGUGAUGCUGAGCACGAGUGCACCGACUGAUACGCCGACUGCAAUGGCGACUCUGAAUAAAAACAAGGGGAUAAGCAUGAUGCACGAG